GUUACGCAACGACUCCCAGUUCUUCCCGUCGCAGCUUAUUAUCGUGUGUUUGCUAAAGUGGCUAGCCGCCGAGAAAGUGGGUGUAAUGGACAGAUGCGAACACUAACAUCAGCCGAAUAACACACCUGUCAACACACCUUUCCUUGCAAGCGCAGCCAUGUUCGGCAGGUCACGGAGCUGGGUUGGAGGACAGGGGAGGUCGAAAAAUAUCCAUUCGCUGGACCAUUUAAAGUACAUGUACCACGUCCUGACCAAGAACACCACUGUGACAGACCACAACCGCAACCUCCUGGUGGAGACCAUCCGCUCCAUCACAGAGAUCCUCAUAUGGGGGGACCAGAAUGACAGCUCUGUUUUUGACUUCUUCCUGGAGAAGAACAUGUUUGCCUUCUUCCUGAACAUCCUGCGACAGAAGUCCGGCCGCUACGUGUGUGUUCAGCUUCUUCAGACCCUCAACAUCCUCUUUGAGAACAUCAGCCACGAGACUUCCCUGUAUUACCUCUUAUCCAACAACCACGUGAACUCCAUCAUCGUCCACAAGUUUGACUUUUCAGACGAGGAGAUCAUGGCCUACUAUAUCUCCUUCCUCAAGACGCUCUCGAUCAAACUCAACAAUCACACCGUGCAUUUCUUCUACAACGAGCACACUAAUGACUUUGCCCUGUACACUGAGGCCAUUAAGUUUUUCAACCACCCCGAAAGCAUGGUCCGCAUUGCGGUGCGCACCAUCACGCUCAACGUCUACAAAGUGGACAACCAGCACAUGCUGCACUACAUCCGAGAUAAGACGGCGGUGCCAUAUUUCAGCAACUUGGUCUGGUUCAUCGGCAGCCAUGUCAUCGAACUGGACAAAUGCGUGCAGACGGACGAAGAGCACAAAAACCGAGGCAAGUUAAGCGACUUGGUAGCAGAGCACCUUGACCACCUUCACUAUCUGAACGACAUCUUCAUCAUCAACUGUGAAUUCCUCAAUGAUGUUCUGACGGACCACCUCCUAAACCGCCUUUUCUUACCGCUCUAUGUCUACUCUUUGGUUAGCCAUGAAACGCCUGAAGAGCGAAAGAUCAACCCUCAAGUUUCCCUGUACCUGCUGUCUCAAGUGUUUCUCAUCAUCCACUACCAUCCCCUCGUCAACGCCCUGGCUGAUGUAAUUCUGAACGGAGACCUGUCUGUCUUCAUCCCACAGAUGGACAAUCACAGCACACACAAGAACACAGCCAGCUCAGCAGCGGUGCGCCGCUUCACCAAGCCGCCAGAGUCUUUGGAGCGCUCGCUGGAGCUUUCCCGCCACCGUGGUCGCAAAAGGACCCAGAAGAGGCCAAACUACAAGAACCUGGGAGAGGAGGAGGACGAUGGGGGCGCUGGAGGCGGCAGCAGCCGAGAAGCGGGCGAGGAGGGCUGGGAAGAUGGCGGCAGAGGAGGAGAGAGGGAGAAGGGAAAAGGUACAGAGCUUGUGGGAGCAGGUGGGAGUUCUAAGGCGAGCAGAGCGAGUGGGGAAGCAGCGGAAGAGAUUGAGAUGGUGGUGAUGGACACCUGUAAAGUGACGGAGCUGACCGAGCAGAACAUCACAGACGAAGAGAAGACGGAAGCUGCCACGCGCUCACACACCCAGAGAAGCAGGCCCUUCUUGGACAUGGUGUACAGCGCCCUGGACUGCACUGACGAUGACUACCAUGCACUGUUUGUCCUCUGCCUGCUUUAUGCCGUCUCACACAGCAAAGGCAUCAACGGUGAUCUCCUGGAGAGGUUGCAGCUGCCAGUCCCCGACAAGGAGAGAAGUUCCUACAGUUUGGUUCUUGCAGAGAGGCUGAUUCGAGUCAUGAGUCUGGCAGCACAGCCAGAUGGUAGAGUGCGCCUUGCCACCCUGGAGCUCAGCUGCCUUCUACUGAAACAGUCCGUCUUGUCUGGAAGUCAGUGCAUCAUCAAAGACGUUCACCUGGCCUGCCUGGAGGGAGCGAGAGAAGAAAGUCUGCACCUGCUGCGUCGAUUCUACAAGGGCGAGGAGAUCUUUCUCGACAUGUUUGAAGACGAAUACAGGAGCAUGACCAGUAAACCGCUGAACGUGGAGUAUUUGAUGAUGGACGCCUCCAUACUGCUGCCACCCACCGGCACGCCUCUGACAGGCAUCGACUUUGUCAAGCGGCUGCCUUGUGGAGAUGUGGAGAAGACACGCAGGGCCAUACGAGUGUUCUUCAUGCUGCGGUCGCUGUCACUGCAGCUCCGAGGAGAACCGGAGACACAGCUGCCUCUGACCAGACCCGAAGACCUCAUCAAGACCGAUGACGUCUUAGAUCUCAAUAACAGUGACCUAAUAGCGUGUAUGGUGGUCAGCAAAGAUGGCGGCCAGGCUCAAAGGUUCCUCGCUGUGGACAUCUACCAGAUGAGUCUGGUGGAGCCGGAAACCAAACGCCUCGGAUGGGGUGUCGUCAAGUUUGCAGGCCUAUUGCAGGACAUGCAGGUGUCUGGCGUGGAAGACGACAGCAGAGCGUUGAACAUCGUGAUCCACAAGCCCAGCUCCAACCCUCACGCCAAGCCGCUGCCCAUCCUGCAGGCCAACUUCAUCUUCGCCGACCACAUUCGCUGCAUCAUCGCCAAGCAGAGGCUGGCGAAAGGUCGCAUCCAGGCCAGGCGCAUGAAAAUGCAGAGGAUCGCAGCUCUGUUGGACCUGCCCGUCCAGCCAAGUACCACAGAGGUGCUGGGUUUCGCCCAGACAGCCAACGCCUCGCCCAGCGCGCUCCCUUUCCGCUUUUACGAGCAGUCCAGGCGAGCGCCCAAUGACCCCACGGCCGGCCGGGCCGUCUUUGCCUCGGUGGACAAAGUCCCAGGCUUCGCCGUAGCACACUGCGUGUCGCAACACAGCCCAUCUCCUCUGUCCUCGCCGUCCACGCCCACCAGCGGGAGCGGCAGCACAGGAAGAUGCGACUCUGUCACUGCCAGCUCCAUUUCAGCUCAGAGCCCCACAGAUGACGGCAACUUCUUGGAGCACACCCCUCCCCCGUCAUCAUGCGGAGAAGGGGGGGAAGGGGCCUCCUCCGCCCAGGGCCCGGCCCUGGCUCCCAGCCUCACCCCGGCCUCCCAGCCCACCAUCUCGCUCCUCACGGACGGCGGCGCCGACACCUUGAGCGUGGACUCGCUGACCCUGCUGCCCCCUGCGGACCUGCACCCCUGUGCCGCCCACCAGCCCGCCGCCCUCCCCUUCCUCCAAAGACUAGAUGAGGCGAGCGAUGAGGAAGACAAAGGGAGAGCGAGGAGAGAGGAGGAAACAGAAGAUACACACUUUUCAGGUGAGCACGUCUUUGUGGGGACCGGCUCACCUGCUGAGCAGGAAGAAAAAACUGUCCAUGAGACAGAAGAUGCAGACUCAGCAGAUUCUCCUGAACUGGACUAACAACACACACACACACACACACAGGUCGGGUGUGACGUGUGUUUACCAGAAGACAUGACAGAAAGCACACAGACUUCAUCGUCAUGCAGGACACUUUUUAGCCGCGUCCAACCAGCAGCCUUUUUUUUUUUUUUAACUGACCAGAUGUGAUGUUUUAAAAGAUCUAUUUUUAUGUCUUACGUUGACAUCGCCACUUGUGCUGUCGCUCACUACUAUGCUAAACACGCACACACACACACACACACAAACACACACACACUGUCAGCUGCACAAGCCUUUUCUGCACUAGUAGCGUGUGUGUGUGUGUGGUUAUGGAGAAUGUAGGCAUGGAAGUAUGAAUGUAUGCAUUACAAAAUACAACUUAAGCUGCACUACACGAUUGGUCCACACAUGCGCAAAGGCUACGUCACUUCCUGUCAAACAUGUCACUUCCUGUCAUCUUAUUUUACCUUCACAAUAUUUUGGUGCUCAAUCGUGCACACUGUCACUGGUACCAUGCUUUUCUUUUUUUAGUCAUCUUUAUUUCAAAUCCAAUCCAAACUGGAUUCUUUUAGCACUUUUCAUACACGGGAAAGUUACAACGCAGAGUGUUCUAAAUCAGUUUAAAAAUGGAACUCAACACAAACCACCAUUGACACUAACAAGACACAGCAUGGCACUGAGGAAAACAACUUAUCAGGCGGCCACACUGGAGAAUAUGUUUGAAAUUAAUGUUGUCGGAAAAAACAAUAACACAAUUAUAUAUAUACAUACAUAUAUAUAUAUAUAUAUUAAUAUUAUAGAAAAAAUUAUAUAAUAUAAUUAUAUAUUAUAAAUUAUAUAAUAUUUUAAUAAAAAUAUAACAAAUAAGGGUGUCAAACUUGUUUCUAUUGAGGGCCACAUCACAGUUCUGACUGCUUUCAGAGGGCCGCUUGUAACAGUGAAUAAAUAUGAUUUAAUCUAAAUGUAUAAUCGCCUCUUACAAAAUAUACAAAUUUGACUGUUAGAUUGUUUUACCGCACAAAAUCAUGGACAACUUGCUGUGAAAUCAUAGGUCAGGAUGACAAGCAGAUAUUUCAGCAUUUAUUUUCAUGUUUUACAAAAAUAGAAAUAAUACUGUAUAUAAGUUUUCUAUGAUCAUUUAAUAAUAACAUUUAAAAGAUGCAGUAGAUAAUUUCUUCUGUCAAAAUUGAGAGAAGGAAUAUAUUUAGUAGGAACGAUGAAGUACUUUAUUGACGCACAUUAUUUUCAGGCCGUCGAGGGCCACAUAAGUUGAAGUGGGGGCCUCGAGUUUGACACCGGUGAUAUCGAACAUUAAAUACCAAACAAUAUUCAAUAAUAAAUGAUCACCGUCACCAUGGUGACAAUCGACUGUCACUAACUGAUCGUACAAAAACCCCAACGUGUCCGCUAAUAAAUGACAAAAUAAGCAAUGUUUUUGGUUGUUUGUUUUUUUACAAAGAAAUCAAUUCAACAUUAAUGCCAAAUUGCAAAAUCUACUCAUGGACAUUAUUGUUUAAAUGUACACAAAAAAAGUAUGAUAAAGUAUCACAGCGUGUGACGUAGCAGAAGCUCUGCCACGAUCCCCGUGAGUCAAGGAAGUGACGUAGGCCGCCACGUGUGGAACAAUCCAGUAGUAGGGGUGUGAGUCUUUGGGCACCCAACCAUUCCAUUCGGAAACGAUUCUUGAUUCAAACCGAUAUUCGAUUCAAACCGAUUCUUGCAUUGUAUUUUUUGGUGUAGUGGGGGUGUGAGUCUUUGGGCACCGAACCAUUCGGAAUUAAUUCUCGAUUCAAACCAAUAUUCAAUUCAAACCGAUUCUUGCAUUGUAUUUUUUGGUCUAGUAGGAGUGUGAGUCUUUGGGCACCGAAACAUUCGAUUCAGAAUCGAUUCUUGAUUCAAAUCAAUUCUCAAUUAAAAUCGAUUCUUGCAUUGUAUUUGUUAGUGUAGUAGGGGUGUGAGUCUUUGGGCACCCAACCAUUUGAUUCGGAAACUAUUCUUGAUUCAAACCGAUAUUCAAUUCAAACCGAUUCUUGCAUUACAUUUUUUGGUGUAGUAAUUUGUGUGAGUUUUUGGACACCGAAUGAUUCGAUUCAGAAACGAUUCUUGAUUCAAGCCUAUUCUCGAUACAAACCGUUUCUUGCAUUGUAUUUUUUGGUGUAGUAGGGGUGUGAGUCUUUGGGCACCGAACCAUUCGAUUCAGAAUCGAUUCUCAAUUCAAACCAAUUCUCGAUUCAAACAGAUUCUUGCAUUGUAAUUUUUAGUGUAGUAGGGGUGUGAGUCUUUGGGCACCGAAUGAUUCUAUUCUUGAUUCAAACCGAUUCUUGAUUCACAUCGAUUCUUGCAUUGUAUUUUUUGGUGUAGUAGGGGUGCGAGUCUUUUGGCACCGAACCAUUCGAUUCGGAAACGAUUUUUAAUUCAAACCGAUAUUCGAUUCAAACCGAUUCUUGCAUUGUAUUAUUUAGUCUAGUACGAGUGUGAGUCUUUGGGCACCUAAACAUUCGAUUCAGAAUCGAUUCUUGAUUCAAGUCAAUUCUCAGUUCAAAUUGAUUCUUGCAUUGUAUUUUUUAGUGUAGUAGGAGUGUUGUCUUUGGACACCAAAUAAUUCGAUUCAGAAAUGAUUCUUGAUUCAAACCGUCUUGAUUCAAACCGAUUCUCAAUUCAAACCGUUUCUUGCAUUGUAAUUUUUAGUGUAGUAGGGGUGUGAGUCUUUGAGCACCGAACCAUUCGAUUCAGAAUCGAUUCUAGAUUCAAACCGAUUCUUGCAAUGUAUUUUGGGGUUUAGUAGGGGCGUGAGUCUUUGGACACCGAACCAUUUGAUUCAGAAUCGAUUCUCAAUUCAUACCGAUUCUUGCAUUGUAAUUUUUGGUGUAGUAGGGGUGUGAGUCUUUGGGCACCGAAUGAUUCGAUUCUUGAUUCAAACUGAUUCUUGAUUCACAUCGAUUCUUGCAUUGUAUUCUUUGGUGAAGUAGGAGUGUGAGUCUUUGGGCACUGAACCAUUCGAUUCGGAAUCGAUUCUUGAUUCAAACCGAUUCUUGCAUUGUGUUUUUGGUGUAGUAAUAAUAAUAAUAAUAAUACACUUUUUCAAAACAGGUUACAGGUUAGAAAAUCUCCUGGUUGCAUGGAAAUGGUCAUAUUUUUAAAAACAGGUUUUUAUUUCAGAAAAACAAUUGAAAAUGUUUUUUUAAUCGAUUAUUGAAAAUGAUUAAUUGAUUCCGAAUCGGGAUGAGUAGGAAUCGCGAUUCGGAUGCGAAUCGAUUUUUUUUUGCGCACCCCUACAGAGUAGCAACAAUGUCUCGGAAAAAAAUUAUCAGAAUUUGCGUUUGUAAGUACGCACUACGAAUAUGUGCACAAAUUGUUAUUGACAACAGAUACAUUUCACGAUUGAAUUAAAAUACAGCAAAUAAUCCGACUCACUGGCUCACAAGUGAUGACAUUAGUGCGUGACGUCUCAUUCAUGCGAUCGCUCCUCUUCCAAGUGAAUAAUGACAGCGCCCAUCUUGAAUAGAACCUCCUAAUUAAUGGCCGUUGACCUUUGGAGCCGUUCAAACACACAUAGUCAAGCGGACAUCUUUGGUUUCACUUUCAUCUGCUUGCUUCUCACGCGUUCAGCUUGCAGGCCUGCCGGGAUAAAAUCAUGUGUGUGAUGAGAAUCAUGUGUUGGAGUCAGAAUGGAAGACACGCAAGCGAGCAGUCACGCCAGAUUUGAUGAUUCAUUGUUUCCUUCCUGCUGUGGAAGACCAACGACUGAGAGGAUGGCCACAUCAUUCCAUUGAGGUGCGUCUUUUCUCUUAUUGGACGUCAGCGAGAAAGGUUCAUUGGUAUCUCGCAUUACCAAAGCUUUUUUUCACACUGGAUUGAUGGAACUGAUUUUUUUUUACAUUCAAUUAUGUGUUUACAUUGUUUCAAAAAGUCAGUGUAAAAAAAAUGCAGUGUAAAAAAAAUGCAGUGUGUAAAAAUACAAGUGCGUAAAAAAUUAGCCUUAAAAUUCAGUGAAAAAAAUUCUGUGUAAAAAAAUUUUGGAACUGAAUUUUUUGUUUGAAUUUUGUGAACUGAUUUUUUUUACAUUAAAUUAUGUGUUUAAAAAGUCAGUUUGUGAAAAUACAGUGUAAAAAAAUAUUCAGCGCUCAAUAAUUCAGUGUGUAAAAAUUCCCCCUUUAAAAUUAAGUAAAAAAUUAUUAGAACUGAUUUUUUUGCAUUUGAAUUUUGCAAAUUGAUUUUAUUUAAUUUUUUUAUCUAUUUGUUAAAAUACAGGGUUCAAAAAAUUCAGUGCUAAAAAAGUUGGUGUAAAAAAUACAAGUGUGUACAAAUUCAGCCUUAAAAUUCAGUGAAAAAAAAUUCAGUUUUUAAAACAUUGGGACUGAUUUUUUUGUGUUUGAAUUUUGUGAACUGAUUUUUUUUACAUUAAAUUAUGUGUUUGAAAAUUCAGUUUGUGAAGAUACAGUGUAAAAAAAAUUAAGUCUGUAAAACUACAAGUGUGUAUAAAUUCACCCUAAAAAUUAAGUGAAAAAAAAUCAGUGUAAAAAAUUAUUGGAACUGAAGUUUUUGCAUUUGAAUUUUGCAAACAGAUAUUUUUGUACAUUAAAUUAUGUGUUUAAAAAUAAAGUUUGUUAAAAUAUAGUGUUUCAAAAAUGAUCUGCUAAAAAAUCAGUGUAUAAAAUUUCAAGUGUGUAAAAAUUCAGCCUAAAACAUCAGUGUAAAAAAUUCAGUGUAAAAAUGCAAUUGUUUGAAUUUUGCGAACUUUUUUUUUUUUACAUUAAAUUAUGUGUUUAAAACAUCAGUUUGUUAAUUAGUGUAUACAAAAUUCAAUAAAAAAAAUCAGUGCCCUAAAACGUAGUGUGUAAAAUAUUCAGGCUAAAAAAUAAUUGUAAAAAAACAAACAAAAAAAAGUGUAAAAAGUCAGUGAAAGAAAUUCAAUGUAAAGAAUUAUUGGAACUGAAUUUUUUUGCAUUUAGAAUUUUGGGAACUUAAAUUUUUACAUCAAAUUGUGCUUUGGAAAAAUCAGUUUGAUAAAAUACAGUGUUUCAAAAAUGUAAUGCUUAAAAAUUCAGCCUAAAUAAAACUGAAAAAAUUCAGUCUAAAACAUUAUUGAAACUGAAUUUUUUUUCGUUACAAACUGAUUUUUGUUACAUUACACUAUGUGUUUAAAAAUUCAGUUUGGUAAAAUACAGUGUUUCGAAAAUUCAGUGUAAAAACAAUUCAGUGUGAAAAAAUUCAGUGAACAAAUUCACUCUAAAAAAAAAACCUCUGUAAAACAAUUCAGUGUAAAAUUAUCAGUGUGUAAAAUUUCAAAUGUGUAAAAAUUCAGCCUAAAACAUUCAGUGAAAACAUUGUUGAAAACAUUUAUUGAAAAGGAAGUUUUUGCUUUUCAAUUUUGGUGAACUGAGUCAUCGAGGCAUUUGAAGCAAUAUUCUCAUACUGUUGCUGGCGGAAAUAACUCCAGAAUGAUGGUGAGGGCCAGCCCAAAGGUGGUGGUUUUACUCUUUUCCGACUUCUGCGCGUUGGAUACAUGUGUUAAAAAAUUCCGAAGCAUCAUAUCAAGUUUGUGUAAUUUGGUGUUUACACGCAGUUUUGUCAAUCUGGCCAUUUGUGACAUCACAGAUUGACGGACGUACCUAAAUGGCCAUCCAUUGGAUUCAGAAUCGAUUCUAGGUUCAAAUUGAUUUUGGCAAUGUAUUAUUUGGUGUGAUAAUCAUAAUCAAACUUUUUCUGAACAGGUUACAGGUCAGAAAAGAUCCUUCUGGUUGCGUGGAAAUGGACUGAAAAUUUAUUAUAAAAUAAUUAAUUCUUAUGAAAAUAGGAAAAAAAAAAAAGUUCAUUUAUUUAUUUUUUGUAUUGAUUUUUUUUAAAUUCUGGAUGGAUGAAAGCAUUUAAAAUCAGGAUGAAUAAUAAUUACGAUUCAGAUGUGAAUACAUUUUUGUGUACCCCUAAUAUUUAUGCUCUCACUAUUGUGACCAUAUUUUUAAAAUUUUAUUUUAUUAUUUUUCAAAAUUAUGAAUCGAACUAAAAUCAGGAUGAAUAAGAAUUGCAAUUUGGAUGCGAAUCAAUUUUUUGUGUACCCCUAAUACUUACAGCAUGCUCUAACUAUUGU